GCUCUGCCUUUUUCCAUAUGAUUGCAGUUGAACGCAUCUUGUUUUUGCAAACUCCAAUCCCCAGCCCAAAUCAGAAAUUUGCGCCCCGAAUUUCGCCUUUCUCUUCAGCUGUGCGCCGGUUUUCUCAAAUUCUCGUUUUCAAGAAAUGCUCUCCUAUGGACCUUCAAUAUUUGUAUCGAGUUCUUUGAGCUUCCACAGACAUGGUUACUUUAUGGACACCGGCCCCUAUCGUCGCGUCCCAAUAUUUCAAGGCUAACCUCUUAGAUGCAUAAUUGGUGCUCUAGUUUUCGGUGCCCGUAGCAUUCGAUGCGCUUAUGCCAGGCCAAUGAUUCGCUCUACUCCACUCAGCGUUUAGAUCAAUUGGAUUCCCAUGUGAUUCGGGACUACGGCACUUGUCGCACUCCAAGGUGCGCCACUAUUGGCGAACGUUCCGCUGCGAGUCAUUCAGCGCAGUCGACCUCGUUAUCCGAAUGUUUUCCGGAUCCUUCUGCAUUGAACGCACUCCUUCCAUUGGCAAACCGUUCUACUCUUCUUUCUCACAAGGGGGGCGAAGCUUGUGUUCUAGGCAGUUCUAUGGAAUCCCAGUUUGAACCAUCAGAACUAAAACACAUAGGGGAUUAUUUUGAGGAAGACGAGGAUGUGUUGCUGUUCAACGAAUUGCCUCACGACGCUUUUUCCUCGCACGGAGAUCACGUAUCGAGUGGAUAUGAUAUGGGCAACCUCGCUGUGCCUUCCACCCUCUGCGAGACUAUGCCGUAUAUGGAUGCACUUCCUCCAUUUGCCCGCCAUCGCCCAUCUCCUCCUCCUCCUUUAUCUCGGGGGCAGAUUCUGCUUCCAAUGAACAUGUCUUUCGAUUCGUUUGGAAGUGAGGAAUUUUCGAACUGCCUACAUCACUUCGUUCCCUCUAGUGAUUCGAUAGAUGCGCAUCAACUUUCUUCUGCUGAUGAUUUCAACAGUGUCACUUCGAAGAAUGUCCUAUCUCCGAAUUGGUUCAUGGAUCCGUCUUCAAACGCCGGCCCAUUCUGUUAUGAACGUGUUCCGAGCAGUAGUCAACCAUCUGCUCUCUCAUAUAUGCGGACACCACCUCGUGGAACGGACCCUUCCAUCGUGACAUCCUUGCCGUUAUCUCCUACUCUGACUGAUUCGGUGACAAGCGACCAGAUGUGUAUCCCUGCUGCUGUUGCCUUUGGACCGCUUACCUGCGUUGUAAAUAAUCAACAGGGAACGCCAUCGAUUUCCACAUCGGUUAUGACUCGUGGCGCCUCGCCUAGCGCUCUCCAUACGUCGGUUAAUUGUAAUUCAUCAGUAUCCACAUCCAUCACUGCUUUACAUGAGCCAGAAGAAGCGGCUAGUGCACGACAACGUUUAAUGGGUGCUUCUGCUGCUGCAGCCGCGUUGGCUGCACAAGCGUAUUCGUCGCAAGUCCCCAUGGAUAGAUUUCUGAUGUCAUAUGCAACGGCGGUUGCGCCGCAGUAUGACCCUCAUCCAGCACAUCGCCAGGUGUCCUCUGAUCUUCCGAUGCUCCCGCACAACAUUACCCGCGGUGUUACCAAUAUUUCCGAUCCAGUCGUGCAACCACGUGACCCUUCUAUGAUUCCUCUGAGAAAAAUGUCUGUCAAUUUGAUACUCACAUACAAACUCAUAAACGAGGUUUAUUAUCGUAAGAAACGUAUGAAGGAACGUCAGUCACAUAGGAAAAAGCAGGAAAUUACCACAACUACGGAUUGCGAUUCUGAUAGCAGAUUUCCUGGUCAAACCUUGCAUCACGAACCUGCCCUAUCUCCUCCUCCUGACUCACAAGCCACAUUAUCAGAAUCCGCAGUCAACACAGAUAACGCUAAUUGUGACCAUUUUAUCAGCGGUCCGUCUAUCAUAGGCCACAACUGCUACCAACGCUUCUCACUAUCCACCUGCAUCACCCAAGGCCAUGCAGACGAAUGUCUACCAAAUCAGCAACUUUCAUUUUCAUGCCUGCGUCCAAGUCCUACUUCUGACCCUCUGCUACACUAUCAAAAGACUGAGGAAAAUUCCGACAAGAACAAUUUUGUCUACUCGGGUUCUUCGAUUAGUGGAAUCACAAAUCGAAUGGCUGUCAUUGGUCUUUCUAGCGCGAUUUACGAUGCCACUAAUCAGGUCUACACCGCACAUGAUAUUUGUUCAUCGGGGGUCUCGGAUCGUUGUGCCUUGUUAUAUACCGGCCAACUUAUGACCCGCUACACCAGUUUUCCGGAUUCCUCUGACCAGGCCACUUCCAGCACAUCCCCUGAAUCAAUCCAGUAUCCCGGAAUUUUCAAGUUUCCCGUUAUCGGCACCGAUGAGGCGAGUGAUCAUGCAAAGCAGUCAGACUCUUUCGCUCACUCUGUCAUUCGUCAUUCACAUUCCCCCUCCCCAACUCAGGCUAGCAUACCAAACCCAGUUCACCCGCUUAUGUCACUAACCAGCAGUUCCGUUGCUUCUUCGGACACCAGCAGUUCAACCGCUUGCUACUACAACUUGGUGUCCGGGACAACAAACGGAUCCCCGGAUGGCCAGUUUGGAAACACACCAACCUCCAACACUGGACUUGUUUCACCCGAUCUUGUGUGUCCCCCAGUGGAGGGGCGCACCACUUUGUUUCCAGUUCCGCACUCUCAUUUGCCGCAUUUCGACCACUUGGAUAACCACAUCCCUUCAAUCCAGCCGGCAACAACUUACGCAUCUGGUCUCAUACACGGACCGAAUCUGGCGUCUCACGAUUCGGCUUCAUACAAUGCGGCACCUGAUCCGUCGAGACAAGCGAUCUUCCAUACGAGCGACAACGGGGAUCAAAAUAGUUCUAUGUUGCCUUCUUUUGCAGAACCGGAUCAUUCGCCAGUUCGACCUUUUGUCUAUGAACCUCUGAACUCGAUCCGUCAGCAUCAAAAGGCCACUCUCUCUUUCAACGCACCCGGUGGCUCACAUUCCGAAGGCGAAACCUUGCCGAAGAACUCCACAGUGACCUAUGUGAAUCAGCCCAUGUUCACCACCUCGUCUGCGCUCAGCGGGACCACGCUGACUGGGACAGCUGCAUAUGCAUCAUCAAUUGGGAGUAGCAACUUCGUUGCAACCACAGGACCGCCUCCUUACAUGGCGAAAAACGGUACCGGAGCCAGCCACAAUCAACAAGAAGUGGACAGACGGCAUACUGACAGUAAUUAUGAUUACAUUGUUCGGCCUGGGGAGAUGUGGAUGGGACGCUAUCUGAUCAAUAAUUUGAUAGGUAAAGGGUCAUUUGGUCAAGUUUUGAAAGCUCGCAAUUGUUUCACCAAUGAGGAUGUGGCCAUAAAAGUUAUAAAGAAUAAGCGUGCUUUCACUAUCCAAGCUCAAGUGGAAAUCCGUUUAUUGCGUGAGAUGAAUCGCUACUUGGAAGAGGCUGAAGCCUCUGGAGAACACCCCCCUCUUGGAGCAAACUAUAUUGUUCGCUUACUCACACAUUUCACUUUUCGCGGACAUCUCUGUCUUGUGUUCGAGCUACUGUCCUACAACCUUUACGAUUUGUUGCGCAACACCAAUUUUCGUGGCGUCUCUCUCAAUCUGACGCGCAAAUUCGCGCAACAAUUAUGCCACGCCUUGGAAUUUCUUUCUCGUCCCGAACUUCGCAUAAUUCACUGCGACUUGAAACCCGAGAACAUUUUACUUGUCAAUCCCAAGAGAUCGACCAUCAAACUUGUCGAUUUUGGUAGUUCAUGUCACGUGAAAGAGAAAGUAUACCAAUACAUACAAUCUCGAUUUUAUCGAUCUCCCGAUGUUCUUUUGGGUCUGGAUUACACCAUGAGCAUCGAUAUGUGGUCCCUCGGCUGCAUACUGGUCGAGCUACACACCGGCGAGCCUUUGUUUGCCGGUCAGAAUGAGGUGAGUCUACUCUCCAUGAGUUCUCCCAACCUGACUGAACGCUUUCUUUCGUAG